AUGGAUAAUAAUUAUUAUUUCAAUGUAUUAAUUUUUAUUUUUAUUUUUUUAAGUGUUGGUAGUUCAAUUGACCAACCUUUAUUUAGUUCAGAUUACAAUUGCCUAAAUUCAUUGUUAAAAAGACUUAAUAAAUUAAAUGAUCCUUCCAUUCAACCAUUUUGGGAUAGUGGAUCGCAAUCUUAUGAUUUUUGUAAAUUAUAUUCAUGCUCAACUGGCAUUAAAGAAGGAUUAGUUCAAUAUUAUUUACAAUCAAUUUCUUUAAAAAAUGUUACCUCUACUCCAUAUAUUAUGCCUGAUAUUAUGUACUCUGAUUUUCAAUGCUUUGACAGAUUAAAUUCAAUAGAAAUAAUAGGUUACAAAGUCAGUAGUGAUAUUUUUAUGCCAACUAUAACAAAAUCAUCUGUUAGUAGUUUAUCAUUACUCAAUUGCUCAAAUGUUAAUAUCUCAACAACUAUUCAACCAAAUAUUACCUCAUUAAUAAUAGAAUUAUCUGAACCACUUGUAAAUAGUGGGGGUAUAAUAUCUCAAUCUAUUCUUAUAAAUUUAAAAACAUUUAUAAUGAAAACAACAAUUCAAACACCAGCAGCUUCAAGUUUUAUGUAUCCCUCUUUUACAAAUGGUGCACCAUCAAUAACAAUACAAAUGGAUACUUUUGUAUUUGUAACAACAAAUAUUCCAGAUCUUUCAAAAUAUACAAUUACCAAUGUAGAAAUAACAGUUCCACAAUUAAUUGAUAUAUCAAAAUUAAAUACAUUUAUUAAAGUUAAAAAUUUAAUACUUGAUUUUCCAAUCAAUUCAAUUGAUUUUCCAACACUUUUCACAUCUACUGAUAAUAUAUUAGAGACAUUAAUAUUAAAAUCAUCAAUUAAUUCACCAUCAACAUUAAUUGAUUUUGCAAGAUCCAAAUCAUUGAAAUCAUUUACAUAUAUUCAAAGAGCUAAUCCUCCCAUACCAUUUACAUUUGGAACAACAGCUAGUUUCCCAUUUAGUACUUUACCAAUUUCUUUAGAGGAAAUUAAUUUUGAAAAUGCAGGUAUUUCAACUUUUGGUAAUGGAAGUAUUUUUGUAAAUUUAAAGAAAAUAAAUUUUGCAUCAAAUAAAAUCACUGGAACCUUACCAUCAGCAAUUCCAUCUUUUUUAAGUUUAUCAUUAAAAGGAAAUUAUUACUUUGGUUCAAUUCCAAAUAAAACAUAUUGUAAUAUGAUUUUCGAUGUAUCUAAUAAUAUUAAAAUUGAAGGUGAAUUACCACAAUGUUUUUCUUGUUAUUUACCAACUCAACCAUCGGUAUUUAAACUAUUUAAUGGAACUCAAAUCAAAUUGGAUUCAAUAAAACAAGACAAUUGUACAUUAAAAGCUAUUCCAAAUUUAACAAUUAUUGAAAAAAAGAAGUUCCAACUAUCUGGUGAGAAUUUAGGCUAUGAACUACCAUUUUCUUAUUCUGAUGCUCAGUUGACAAAUAAACAAAUGGUGAUUCCAAAUAAACUAUUCACUGGUACUAUAUUACGUGAAUUGGAAGAUGUUAUUGUUUUUACUUUUAUGGGUUCAAAUUAUACUCUACAAACGAAAUCAAUAGAACCAAACUAUACCACAGUUUUUGGAUCAUCAAGAGGUUCAACUCAAAAUACAUUCCAAUUCUUUGGCAAAUAUUUCACAUAUAAUGAAAGUCAAGUUAACAUCACUGUAAAUGGGUAUACCUGUAAAGUUAUAUCUACAGCUUUUGAAACAAUUCAAUGCGAUACUAUAAAUGAAUAUGGUGCACCAGUGGUUUUAUCCACUGAUAAAUCAUACUUUGUUUGUUAUAUAUCAAUUUCAAAUUAUACAAAUCAAUUAACUCUAUCUUCAACUUCAAAGGUUAGUCAAGUUAAUGUUUGUACAAAUUUAUGUAAUAAUGGUGGAAUUUGUAAUACUUUGGUUGGUAGUUGUGUAUGUCCCUCAACUUGGACUGGCAGUGAUUGUACAACUAAAGAUUUGGAUUGCCCAAGUAAUUGCACUUAUCCAAAUGGUGUUUGUGAUCGUUUAACUGGAGUAUGCAGUUGUACAACAAAAUGGAAUGCAAGUGAUUGUAGUAACCCAGUACCAUCAUGUAUAGAUUCAUGUGUUAAUGGUGUUUGUAAUAUUAAUAACAACAAAUGUCAAUGUUUAACAAAUUGGACCGGUAUUGAUUGUACAACUAAAGACUUGGAUUGCCCAAGUAAUUGUAAUUAUCCAAAUGGUGUUUGUGAUCGUUUAACUGGAGUAUGCAGUUGUACAACAAAAGGUGAUACAAGUGAUUGUAGUAUCCCAGUACCAACAUGUCCAGUUACUUGUAAUAAUGGAAUUUGUAAUUCCAUCACUAAAAAAUGUGAAUGCCUACCAACGUGGACUGGUAUUGAUUGCACAACUAGAGAUUUCGAUUGUCCAAAUAAUUGUACAUAUCCAAAUGGUAAUUGUAAUCGUCUAACUGGAGAAUGCGGUUGCACUAGUAAAUGGAAUUCAAGUGAUUGUAGCAACCCAGUACCAACAUGUCCAGAUACUUGUAAUAAUGGAAUUUGUAAUGCCAACACUAAAAAAUGUGAAUGUCGACCAACGUGGACUGGUACUGAUUGCACAACUAGAGAUUUCGAUUGUCCAAACAAUUGUACAUAUCCAAAUGGUGAUUGUAAUCGUUUAAAUGGUGUCUGCACAUGUAAGAGUGAUUGGCAAUCCCAAGAUUGUAUUAAUCCAUUCAAGAUAUGUAUUGGUGGUUGUAAUGAAAGGGAAUCUGGUAGUAAAUGCAAUAACUUUACAGGUGAAUGUUCAUGUACAUCAGAUUAUACGGGUUCAAACUGUUUAGUGGCAUCACAAUAUAUAUCAUCGAUUGAGCCAACCACAACCGAUGGUGGACUAGUUAAAAUGUGGGGUUGGUUUGGAAAGAAUCGUACUGAUGAUUUAUCAAUUCAAAUUGGUUCAUUAGUUUGUAGUGUUACUCUUGUAAAUUCAUCAUAUAUAGAAUGUGAAAUUGGUCCAGACUCUGGCACAAAAUCAGUUACUAUUAUUCAAAAUGGUUUAAAGUAUACUGGAAAUGAUAUUUAUCACUAUACUGAAAUAACCUAUAAAUGUCCAAACGAUUGCUCAGGCCAUGGUACAUGUAAUAAAUUAGUUGGUCAAUGUAAAUGUUCAUCUGGAUGGGGUGGCUUUGAUUGUAAUGCAAAAUCAACAACUGGGCCAACAACAUCAACAAGUUCAACCACAACAACAUCAUCACCAUCUACAACAACAUCACAAACUCAACAACCAACAUCAACUCCAGAACAAAUUAUAAUUCCAGAUACAAUUACAAAAGUAAAUAAAACUGAAGGUUCAGCAUUAAUUAAUAAUGAAAAAACAACAUAUGAAAUUAAAAUUAUUUCAUUGGUAGAAUUGAGUUAUGAUCAAAGUAUUGUAAAAACAAGUCCAUUAAAUAAUAGAUGGAAUGUUGAUACAUCAAUAGAGAAUAAGUUUACAUUUAAUCAAACAUUAAAUAAUACAAACUGUGAAAUCAUUUAUUCAAUUGAAGAAUUAAAAGAAACUAGAGAUUAUAGUUUUGCAGGUUUAGAUUUAACAUUAGAUAAAGGUUCAAUUAAGAUAUCUGUAGAAAUUAAAAACUAUCCUUAUUUAAAUUCAUUGAAUACACUUCAACUUCAAAUGGAAUCUAAAAUUGGUGAAACUACCAAUUCAAAUGAAAAUAAUAAUAAUGAAUGUAAUAAAGAAAAUACUCAAAUUGAUACGAAUCAAUUAGACAAAAAUCAAGUUUUAAAUUAUGUAACAAUAUCAAAAGAUCAAAAAAUUCUAUAUGGUAGAUUUAUCAAUAGAGUUGUCUCUGAUUCUAAACCAACAUUUAUUACAACAUCUAUCAUACAAACUAAUCAAAGUGAUUCAAUAAUUCUUGGUUUAAAUUUACCACAUUGUAAACAAUCAUGUUUAAUUGACCCAGAUUUUUCAGUUUUAGUUAGUUCAAACUAUCGACAAUGUUCAAAUGGCAAUGAUGGUAGAGCAUCGUGGGUAUUACCAGUUGCAAUUGUUGUACCAUGUGUAGCUGUAGCUGCUAUAUUAAUUAUAGGUUCAGUUGUAUAUAGAAAAAAUAGAACCUCAAUUUUAUUAGCAAAAGAAAAAUAUUCAUUCAAUCUAAAGAAAUACUCUAAAAAAAGUAACUCUGAUUUAUAUAUGCCAGAUUAA